AUGUCCGACUUAGAUACACAUUCCAUGCGGCUCGUCCCAUCCUUCGCCCCGUCCGUCUCGCAAUUUCGCGAAGUUGUGUCGGCGUUCCGAACGGGUUUCGAAGGAACACUCCCUCCCCUUCUUGACGAUAUUAUUGAGGAUAUCAUUGAGUACGCUGGCUAUUAUGUUAAAGACACAUCUUUUAGUAGUGACAGGAUGAGUGGCGGGGACUGGGAAGAGACGUAUGUGAUCGCUCAGCCUGUGGAUUUCGACAAGGGUCGGAUUAAGGAGAUUAAAGUUGACGCUGAAGCUCAUGACCAAGGAUGGAGCAGUUAUCCCCAAGACCAAAACACUUACAACAACUCAUGGACAUUCGCUGAGCUCGCGAGAAUGAUGCCUGACGGAUCUCUCUCCGCUUCCAGAGAGGAAAUCUACCGCAACCUUCACGCCGUUAGACGUUGGCAACAGCAUUCUAAAACGUGGAGCGCUGAAUCUUCGUUUGUGCAGUCGCUUCAAGCAGGAGAUAGGGUGGCAGUCGUGUUGCUCGCAAUGGUUGAACCGCAGCAGUCUGAUCAAGGGAGAGCGACGCGGCUCGAUUCGGGAUUAAGAUGGCUCAACGCGGUUCCCGACGCCGAGGCGAGCGAGGCGUUGAUUCGCUGCUGCGGCUCCAAGAGGUUCGCCUCUGGCCUCGCAGCGCGCCGGCCUUUCAGAAGCUUUGAGAAUUUGCAAAGUGCUGCUAGCGACGUGUGGUGGAACCAGGUGGACGUCUCUGGUUGGCUGGAGGCCUUCAGUGCUCAUCCCAGGAUUGGUGACGUGGCAUCGCUCAAGAGAAAGUUCUCCACACAGCAAUGGUCCCAAGGGGAGCAAGCAGCAGCGCUCCAAUCAUCUGACGACUCAUUCUUCCAGGAGAUGGCAGAGUGCAAUGGCCGCUACGAGCAGCGCUUUCGCCACAUCUUCAUCAUUUGUGCCCAGGGCAAGCCCGCGCCGGAAAUUCUUGCUGCGCUUAAGGAGCGCUUGGGCAAUCAGCCCAUCUACGAGGUGCAGCUGGCAGCGAAAGAGCAAGAGAAGAUCACACAGCUGAGGCUGGAGAAGCUGCUGCUGGAUGCCCCUGCGGAUGGUGUUGGCGCCACAGUCUCCCCCCCUGCAACCUACCGUCUGGCUAGAGUCGCAGCACACAUCUCCCCAGGAGUACCCGCCACAAUACCACCCGUUACAGCCUCACCCGCUACAGCCCCACCCACUGCAAGCGCCAAGCAUCCGUCCAUCUCCACUCACGUGUUGGAUGUGGCUCUGGGCAGACCCGCUGCCGGCAUCAACGUGGUGCUAGAGCGACAGAUAGAAGCUGGAGGGGAGAGCAGAGAGGGGGAGAGUGAAGCUGGUGGGAGCAGUGAGAGUGGUGGUGUGCGGUUGGGAUGGGAGCGAGUGGGAGAAGGGGUGACGAAUGCUGAUGGCAGGGCUGCUGGGCUGCUUGCCAGGGGUCAAAACGAGGGAGGAGGGGGCGUAGGGGCUGGAAUAUACCGGCUGAGCUUUGCAACAGGGGAGUAUCUUGGUCGGAUGCAUGGACCCCGAGAGGCUGGGGAUGCACCAAUUGGCAGUGGCAGGGGUGGUGGUGGUGGCAGUGGCAGUGGCAUUGGUGGAGGUUUUUUCCCUCAGGUGUCGAUAGUGUUUCGAGUGCUGCCAGAGCAACAGAGGGAGCACUUCCACGUGCCGCUGCUGCUCUCACCUUUCUCCUACUCCACCUACCGAGGCAGCUAA